AUGAACCUGAACUUUCUUUGGUCAUGGCUCACACGAACCGUCGCACUAUUUAUUCAAACGCGAUCCAGACCCUCGCCAUGCUCCUUCUCCUUCUCUCUUCUCGAUUGCCACAGGAUUUCCUCCAUGCCGGGCAACAAGAGAAAACAACAGGGUGAAGUGUACCUCAUCUUCGCGAAAAAGGUGAAGAAAGACGACACUGAACCUGCCACGUCGAACGAAAAAGCAAGCACCAGCGCUGAUGCUGUCGACAACGUUGAAGUCCCGCCCUUGUCGCUCAAAGAAUUCGCGGAGCUCCUAGAUUUUACGGUGGUCGAAAGCGAGGAAGAAAUCAAGACACGGUUCGACCGUAUCGCCAAAGCGCUCCUGCAUGAAUUUCGACUUGUUGUCCGGAAACCAGACGGCACGGAAACGGAGUUCGACUUUCUCGAGGCCGAAUUCUACCUCCAGAUUGAAGGCAUCCAUGAAGACCCUUUUACCCAUGGAAGUGAAGAACAGAAAGUCAGCGGGCGAUGGUACUUCCAUCGCGCACCUAGACGCUCAGAAGACUCGCACCGAAGUCUUACCAGCACCACUGCCUACCGUUCCGGUUCACGAAAAGGGAUGGACCUCACAUUGGGCGGCCAACCGUUACACUCUUCUUUGAAAUACUUCGGGACAGAGGGGUCAACCACAGAGGCUGGCAAGGAUGAACCUCCAAAGCCGACGAGGCAGCUUCAGCGUGGUGGCGUCCUCAUACGGUCGCUCCGCCGACUGGGUGCAGGCGGCAAGGUCAUAUCAGGACCCUCGCUCCUUGUCGAUGAGAUACUCAGCGUCAGCGGUGCUCCGUCCAUCGAAGACCUCGUAGAGAACAAAUGGGAACGAAACACUUCCGCGUUCCUCUCGGCGGAAGGCAACCCACCGACCUGCCUGUUUUUGAAAGCCAUGGACCCGACCACUCGAAAGACUCCUCCCAAGAUCUACUUCUCCCCUCGCAUAGGGCUGGACCUUUCGCACCCCGGCACGACGGGCCCUUCUACACUCCCACUUCACCCUCGAAUCCGGUUCUUGACCAAGAAGUACAGAUUCUUUGUCCACCCAGACCAGCUAGUGGCGAACGGUCGCGCUCAGACGUUCCUCGGGAUAUUGGAAUCUUGUAUCGAACAAGAUUCUGACUAUGAUGCAGCGCUAAAGAAGCAGUCGCUGAAUGGUCAAAUCGUGCGAUUGAGUGGGAUCAAGUCGGCCACGGCGGCCAAGUAUCUCGCGGAUUAUGUUUCUGGACGUAAGGCUGGUGUGAAAGCUGUUGAGGAGUUCAUAGGACCUAAAGGGAAAGGCGCAUCGAGCUCUCCCGCUACGUACUUGAAGAUGAUGGGUGCUCUAUCGAAGCUGCGACACUGA